GAGGGGUGGGGGGAGGAAUGGGGGCAGUGCUUUUGUGGGACCAUGGUGCCCCCUGCUGGCAGGAAUGGAAGGGGUGUAUGCAGAGUGCUGAGAGGACUGAGGAGAGAAAAAGGGUGGGGAGGGAGAAGAGUGAGGAGGAAAGACUCAGGGAGGAGAAAGAUGGGUUGAAGGUUUGGUUUUUUUUUUUAACAUCUUUUUUGGAAUAUAAUUGCUUUACAAUGGUGUGGGGUUGAAGUUUUGUGGAGAGAAAAAGACUAGAAGAUUAGGAGUCGUUUGCCACUCAGAGGAGGGGGCAGAAAACUCCAAGCCUUGGCCGUUUCCUUGAAAGCACGUGUGGGCAUGCCUGCGUGAGUGUGUGUGUGUGUGUGUGUGUGUGUGUGUGUGUGUGUGAGAGAGAGAGAGAGAGAGAGUGUUUCAGUACGUACCUUAGAUGUUGCUCUGUUGAUUGUUGCUGGGAGUCAGUCCACACAGUUCAGAGUGUGUGUGUGCGCGUGUGUGAGUGUGCAUUCGAGAGCACUAGGAGGUGUUUAUGUGUGUGUGAAUAUACAGCUUGGGCAGAUGUGCGUGCCUCGAGCAUGCAGGGUGUGUACGACAGUAUCAGCAGGUGCAGGGUAGGAAGCGCCUGUGCACUGCCGUGGUGGAGGGCACACAGUUCUGGGGGGCCACUUGCCCCACCCCCAGACCUCUCUCUUCUUCGGGUCAGGAGGGGCGCUGCCCGUGGCUGGCGUUGCCGGGAGGACCCCCGAGGCGGCUGGGGCUGUGAGGACGGAGCGCCAGGCAGCGGUGGGGGGGGCAGGAGGGGCAGGAGGAGGCGGACUGGCUGGGGGUGGGGUGGGCGGGCGGGCAGAAGGAGGCCUUUAAAGCACCUGCCCCGCCCACAGGUGAGCAGUGCUGCGUGAGAGCCAGCUCCGUCUCCCCGCCUGCCCACUCAGUGGCAGUUCCCCGGAGCUGCAGUCCCCUCUGGAGCCUCAGCAGAUCCCUCUUUCAGAACUCACUACCAAGAACCCUGAACAGGUGAUGGCAUAGGAUAGAGACUAUCCCGUGAAGUGAAAUCAAUGUGGAAACAGGUUUGGAGAGCUGGAAGGGCCAUGGGGAGGGUCUUGGAAUAGUCUAGGAUUGGUUUCUGGGGGAGUGGAAAACCCAGGAUACCCAGGUGCCAGGGAAGGCAUGGAGUGACCCUGUAGCAUGGGAAUCAGGCUUGGGGUGCCAGUGGAGGAACCUGGGAUGUUAGGAUUUCAGAGUGCCAGGUGUUGGUAGAGGGCCUGGGCAGUACAGAGGGAUAGGAGCAUCAGGAUGGGAAUUGGGAAAAGUCCUGAGGUGUCAGAGUCCAGAUACAGGAGAAGCUUGGUGAUUAUAUGAGUCCAGGAUGCUGGAGUCUGGUAUGUCAGCCCAGGUUGGGGGUGGGGGCAGGGAACAAGGUCCUAACACACACAUCUGCCUCCCAGGAGCCACCAUGCAGUGCUUCAGCUUCAUUAAGACCAUCAUGAUCCUCUUCAAUAUGCUCAUCUUUCUGUGUGGCGUGGCCCUGUUGGCAGUGGGCAUCUGGGUGUCAGUCGACGGACCAUCCUUCAUGAAGAUCUUCGGGCCACUAUCAUCCAGUGCCAUGCAGUUUGUCAACGUGGGCUACUUCCUCAUCGCAGCUGGCGCUGUGCUCUUCGCUCUUGGUUUCCUGGGCUGCUAUGGUGCCCAGACUGAGAACAAGUGUGCCCUCAUGAUGUUCUUCUUCAUCCUCCUCGUCAUCUUCAUUGCUGAGGUUGCAGCUGCUGUGGUUGCCUUGGUGUACACCACAAUGGCUGAGAACUUCCUGACGUUGAUGGUAGUGCCCACCAUCAAGAAAGAGUACGGUUCCCAAAAAGACUUCACCCAAGUGUGGAACUCCACCAUGGAAGGGCUCAAGUGCUGUGGCUUCAACAACUACACAGAUUUUGAAGACUCUCCCUAUGUAAAGGAGAACAACGUCUUUCCCCAAUACUGUUGCUUUGACCUUGACAAUGGCACAUUCGUGGAACCCUGCACUAGAGUCGAGGCCCAGUACCAGAAAGUAGAGGGUUGCUUCAAUCAGCUUCUGUAUGACAUCCAAACCAAUGCAGUUACCGUGGGUGGUGUGGCAGCUGGAAUUGGGGGCUUGGAGCUGGCUGCCAUGAUUGUGUCCAUGUAUCUGUACUGCAAUCUGAAGUAAGUCGGCUUCUGCCUCUGCCACUGCUGCUGCCAUAUAGGAACUGGGAAGAGGCAGUGAUCAGCGUGGGGACAGGAUCUAACAGUGUCACUUGGGACGGAGUGGGCCUGGGGCCAAAUAGGCACCACCCCCUUCAACCUGUGCCAGACUUGUCCUUCCAUUGGUGGGGUUGGGGUCCACCUAUUUCAGAGCCUCUAAGGUAGCCAAUCCUCUUGCCCAUUCCUCCAGUCUGUUUCUUAAACACUUGAUACCCUCUCAAGCCACGGGGUGGGGUGCUCUUGGUGAUCCCAGUACUCCACAGGGGGAAUUAAAGGCACUGCACCGAUAGCAUGAGCAUAUGCAAAAUCAGCAGUCACCAGGCAGAUGUGUAGAAAGCACUUCAGAACUCAAAAACCCAUUAAAAUGUU